AUGUUGCGAAUUCCGAAAACACUGAAGCCCGGCUGUUUUCGCGUUUCGGACAUCCGCAGAUCCAUUCAACGCAAUCGUAUCCGCAUUUACAGUGCACCUGUUUCCCACAAUACGGUACGUGGUGGUGGUGGUGGUGGUGGUGGCGCCCGCAAAACAGUCCUCGGUCCUCGUGCACACCGCGACGUGCCACCACCGCAAGGCGGCGCAGCAGGAGACGUACAACAACAACAACAGGAGGAGGAGGAGGUGGACCGCCCGGGUUGGAACAAAAUGGGCUUCUCACCGUACCGGCACCCAGACUCGUCAUCAUCGCAAGGCCCCUGA